UUACCCUUGCGGAAAAGAAAAACGUGGUCAGCAACACGCUGCUUUUUGUACUGCGGAGUUAACCCACCAAGUAAGUUCGGGACGAAGGAGGUUCAAACCUACCUGACUGGAACCUUCCAUCUUCAAGUGGUCUUUGUGCGCGUUGAAACUUCGGAGCAUAGUUUGCUUUGCUUAGCUUAGCCUGCGAACACAGAACAACGUGGUUCGACACUUGAACAUCAAGUCCGAGCCUUCUAAAGUGUGCAAAAUGAGCACAAGAAGGACGCCAGCCACAAAGUUCAAGGCGGAAGAUCGGCGAGAACAUCAUCUCUCGACUGCUUGCAAAAUGCAAGUAAAAGUUGUUCUUCGCAGACUACCAGAUCUAUACGUCAGCCAAGCCCAGCAUCUUGAGCACCAAGAGUCUGCAUGCAUCAAGGAAGAGGAAGAGUCCGGACCCAUCCAAGGUUUCAGCAAAUAUCUUUGUCCUGGCGCUCAACAGCUAAAGAGAGAAGUACAACUUCCAAUCAAAAAGGAGGAGGUAGAGCUGCCAUAUGUUAAAGAGGAAGACGAUAUCACCAUGUCGACUGGUGAGCCCUUGAAUCGUGAAGAAGGUCCGAGUGAGGCCAGCAGAGGGACGGAGCCUCCAAGCAGCAGCAGCUCAACAGAACGAUCGCAAGCACACAUUUUCAUCGCACCAUCAGAUAGAAAUGGCACCACGUCACACUCACCUUACAAAGAUGAUGGUCAUAAGAAAUCUCACCGUGACUACAAACUCUGCAAAUGCUCUCAGUGUGGGGAAACCUUUGUUAAUAACUAUAGUUGUCGUAUGCAUAUGAAGAGCCACACUGGUGAAAAUCCUCUUGUCUGCUCAGUUUGUGGUCAAAAAUUCCCUCAGAAGAGCAAAUUAGACAGACACACUAGAACCCCCACUGGUGAAAAACCUUUUUCCUGCUCAGUUUGUGGUCAAAGAUUCACUCAACUUAACAACUUAAAAGUACACACAAGAACCCACACUGGUGUAAAACCUUUUUCCUGCUCCGUUUGUGGAAAAAGAUUCCCCCAGAACAGCGCCUUAAACUCACACACAAGAACCCACACUGGCGAAAAACCUUUUUCCUGCUCAUUUUGUGGUCAAGGAUUCACUCAACUUCACCACUUAAAAGUACACACAAGAACCCACACUGGCGAUAAACCUUUUUCCUGCUCAGUUUGUGGUCAAGGAUUCACUCAAGUUCACCACUUAAAAGUACACACAAGAACCCACACUGGCGAAAAACCUUUUUCCUGCUCAGUUUGUGGUCGAGGUUUCGCGAAAAAGCGUAGCUUACAAAUACACGUAAGAACGCACACCGGAGAAAAACCUUUUUCCUGCUCAGUUUGUGGUCGCGGUUUCGCUAUAAAGCAGAGCUUACAAAAACAUGUAAGAACGCACACAGGAGAAAAACCUUUUUCCUGCUCAGUUUGUGGUCAAGGAUUCACUCAACUUAACAACUUAAAAGUACACACAAGAACCCACACUGGUGAAAACCCUUUUUCCUGCUCAGUUUGUGGUCAAGGAUUCACUCAACUUCACCACUUAAAAGUACACACAAGAACCCACACUGGCGAUAAACCUUUUUCCUGCUCAGUUUGUGGUCAAGGAUUCACUCAAGUUCACCACUUAAAAGUACACACAAGAACCCACACUGGCGAAAAACCUUUUUCCUGCUCAGUUUGUGGUCGAGGUUUCGCUAUAAAGCGUAGCUUACAAAUACACGUAAGAACGCACACCGGAGAAAAACCUUUUUCCUGCUCAGUUUGUGGUCAAGGAUUCACUCAACUUAACAACUUAAAAGUACACACAAGAACCCACACUGGUGAAAACCCUUUUUCCUGCUCAGUUUGUGGUCAAAGAUUCACUCAACUUAACAACUUAAAAGCACACACAAGAACCCACACUGGUGAAAAACCUUUUUCCUGCUCAGUUUGUGGAAAAGGAUUCACUCAGAAGAGCGCCUUAAUCACGCACACAAGAACCCACACUGGUGAUAACCCUUUUUCCUGCUCAGUUUAAGGUCAAACAUUCAGUCGCAAGGAUCGGAUUAAGAGACACGUGUGUAUUGGUGUGAGAAGCAGUGGCCAAUGACUGUUUUGCAUAUCAUCCAUGCUGGCUUCAUCAGAUUUUGCACGCAGGUCAAUUGUAGUCUGUAGAGUUUUCUUGAAUCCUGUUGAGGAUUGGCAGUAUUGGUGCUUUACAUGUGCUUUGUCCAAUCCUUGUAUGAUGUGGAUCCACCGUAUUGCCAAAAGUGUUGGUUCACCUGAUUUUACUCUCAGGUUGAGUGGCAUUAUUUAUACUAGAGAUGUCCCGAUCCGAUAUUCGGAUCGGAUUGGACGCCGAUAUGGGCAAAAAAAAUGCGCAUCGGUAUCUGAUCGGCCAACACGAAAA